AUGGGCCACAAAAACUCAAAGACAUCCACAACCAUCAUCAAAUCACAACAACAACAGGCUCGCAACCACAACAACAAUCAUUCAACCAUUCUUCCAAUCACAUCCCCUUCCUCCUCAAAACCUCCUCUUCAAAAUCCUUCUCCAUCUUCCUCCGCAGCAAAUUCUCAUGAAUUCUUACCACCAAGUUUAUUUGCUUCCUAUUUGAACACAACUUCGUCGUCAUCGAUCGUACAACAAUUUCAUACAAAGCUUUCCGAAGAGCAAUGUCAGCUCAUGAUCAAGGGAGUGAUUCAAUCGUAUUUUGGAAUACCAAAUAUAUUUCCAGUGUUUUCCGAGGAAUUGUUUGAAAGCAUUUGGGCCUUGCAGAAUAUUUUGGCAGCUGACAGCACUCGAAAUUUAAUGUUGGCCUACUCGGAAGAGCUGUAUUGGGUCAAUGGUGGCUCUAUCAGCGGAAAUGACACUCAAGAAGGAUCACAAACGCCACUUUCUUCAGUGUCUCCACGACUUGCCAAAACUCACGAUAUAUUUUCACCCAUUUUCUACACGCGAGAUCAAUUAUUGAAAAAUUCUUCCUCGAAUCGAUCACACCAUCAUGAUGGCUCUUUGUCCAAAACUUUGGAAACAAACUAUUCGACAACGACUUUACAAAAUUCUUUUACCUCUAAUUCUCUACCAAAUACUACUAACAUGUCACGACUCAAACAUUUAACCAUCGAAUGGAGCAUCAAAUUGAUAAAUCAAGAAUCUAUUGUGGUGGCUACUCAUAGAAUUCCAUUGUGGAUUGCAACUCUGCGUUUAAGAAGGUUAUUUCAACAAUGUAAACAAACCACAUCGAUUGAUUCCAAUGGAAAUUGCAAAAUAUUAUUUCCAGUGAUUGAAAUUUCAAAUCAAUUUGAAGCGAAAAUGCUAUUGAGUGUUCAUGAAAUGAUUCCUUUAAUUUUUGAAUUAAUUAUCAUGUAUUUGAGUUGCCCAAUGUUAUUAUUCAAAUGGAUGGACGAAACUGAACCUCAUAAUAUUCGAGAAUUAUUCGAUGAUCAUAAUAUCAGUACGAUACAACUGUUCACAUGUUGUGAAAUGAUUUCACAAAAAGUUUUUGCAUUUCUCACGGACUUUUCGACCAAUGUCGAAACUCAGAAUACUAUUGAAAAGGAUCAAAAGAUUUCCAUCCAUGAAAUUAAGAACACGAAGGCCAUGUCAAAUAUUGCUUCGUAUUGGAUGACCAUGGAAUUGUUGGAUGAUAAGCACUUGAAUGACAUUUUAACUUUUUCAAAGAGAACUCAAGAACUCACUCUAUUCAAACAAACAGUGUCACUACUGGCAAGAAAAGUCACCGAAGAAAAUACUUACUCAUUCUUCAAAAUUGCACAAGAAUUGAAAAUUGACACGCUCACUGAAUUGUGUAAUCUCUACACACAAUACUCGAAGUUUAAAGAAGAAAGUUCUCAAACAAAAACCACCAGAAGAAGAUCCCUUGCAAUGGUCAUGUUGAAAAAAACACCAAGUGAAGUCUCACUCACCAACUCUCCCUUUCAAUUUACAAAACGAUCGUAUUAUGACACUUCAGAAAUGGAAUUUGCACUUGCUCAAAUUUCAAGUGGAAAAUCCAUGCAAAUUCGUGUGUGGAUUUGUGGAGGAAGAAAACCUGGUAAAACAUCCUUGGUGUGUCGAUACAUGUUCGGAAAAUUUGAUGUCACCUAUGACACGAGCAUUAGUGAGAGUUAUCGAAAAUUGGAAGGAAAUUUUGUGAUUGAUCUAAUGGAUUCGAGUGGACAAACUCCUUCCUCUGAAGUGAAUAAUAUUGAACUCGUUAGAAGUUGUGAUAUUUUCGUGGUGUGCUACAGUGUGAAAGACAAGAAUAGUUUUUCAAUGGUUGAAGAUUACAUUCAAAAUUUCAAAAUACUCAAGGACAAUACAGAUCCUAUCAUUAUCAUUGCAGCUCUACAAUGUGACUCACCAAGGAGUAUGUGGCAAACAACCACAGAUGCAGGUUUACAGCUCGCCCAACAACACUCAGCUCUAUUCUUUGAAGUUUCCAGUUAUUUGGGUGUCCAUGUGAGAGAUGUUUUCGUGAGUGGCAUUUUGGAACACUGCAGACAAUGUUCUUUGAGGUAA